ACUUCGCACCGCCCACUUGUGUGGUGAGCGAAGAGAUUCUUUGAUCAGCGGGAUUUAAAGAAGACGAGAGGAGGUUGAUUGAAUAAUGUACUACUCGACUGUCUUUUACAAAAGACCAUUUUAACAUCGUCACCUCCGCUUUACAGAAGAGCACCUUAGAGAAGAGAUGCAAUUUCAAAGAAGAGACUCCAACUAGAAAAAACAGAGCUGUGUGUGAUGAAGAACACCCCAUAAAAGACCCAGGAUAUUACAAACUAAAAAAAGGAAUGAACUGGACAUGGCUUGUCAGGAAGUAGACUUCAUCGAGCAACAGGGGAUCUCUGUUAAAGAAGAGCAUUUUGAGUGGCAAUCUUACCCCCCUGUGCAAGAUGGUUUCUGCAUCAAACAGGAGGAUCAAGCUACUGAUAUUAAAAAUGAAGAUUCUGAACAGGGGCCCUUCUUCAUUAAAAGAGAGCAUGCUUGUCUUGGCCUCGAAAGGCAAAUCCAUGGAACUGUAAAUGCCGAACAAAUAGUGACUGCACAGAAUGACUGUAACAUUCAAAUGUGGCCAGAAGUAAAAAAAGAAGCACGUGGUGUAGGCUUCAUUCAGAAGAGACAAAUGUCCCCCCAGAAGCAUUCUGCCCUUGUGAAACACGAGUUGUUUGAAACUGAGGACACAUGUUGUAGAAGUCAAGAGGAAGGGCAAUUAUCAGAUUUGCAAGAGAAUAUGAGCUGUACCCUACCUUCAGUUGCACAGGCCUCCCUGCAGUACAUGGCUCAAGAAAAUGACAACAUUUUGAAGGAUUUCACAUUGACGUCAGGCAAGAUACAGUCACCCAUUCCACAGUACAGUUCUCUGUCUGUGGAAAAGCCAAUACAGUUGGACUCUAUAAAACCUCGUAAAUGGAAACGUAGUGCAAAACCAGUGGCGUAUAUCUGCCAAGAGUGUGGGAAAAGUUUUAAACGGAAAUCUAACUGUAAUGAGCAUCAGAGGAUUCACACUGGAGAAAGACCGUACUGCUGUUCUGAGUGUGAUAAACGAUUUACGGAUCGCUCCCACCUUCAGAGACACAAGAAAAUCCAUACUGGAGAGAAGCCACACUGUUGCACUGAAUGUGGCAAAUGUUUCUCACGCAAAGGCAGCCUUCAGAAACACACAAUAAUUCACACUGGCGAGAAGCCCUAUUCCUGUUCUGAAUGUGGCAAGCAGUUCAUAGAGAAGAGGCAACUUCUGACUCACCGGAGAAUUCACACUGGAGAGGAGUUAAGCUGCUGUUCUGAAUGUGGCAAACAGUUCAUAGCAAGACAACAGCUUCAGAGGCACAAGAGAAUUCACACUGGAGAAAAGCCAUAUUGCUGUGCUGAAUGCGGUAAACGAUUCUCACAACUGAGUAAUCUGUACAUUCAUAAGAGAAUUCACACUGGUGAGAAGCCACAUGGCUGUUUUGAAUGUGGCAAGCGAUUCUCCCAAUUAAGCAACCUUAAGACACACACCAAAAUUCACUUUGGCGAGAAGACACAUUGCUGUCCUGAAUGUGGCAAGCAUUUCUUGCAUGCAAGUGCUCUUCAGAAACAUACAAGAAUUCACAAAGGAGAAACAUCCCAGCAACCUUCUAACUUCUUUCUACAGAAUGAAAGCAAACCUACCUUUCCAGUGAAGUCAUUUGCAUCAUUAAAAAUGGACGAGCAUCCACUCCUGGACGGUAGCUGUAAAGAUGACAUCAUAAAUAUGGGGUGUGUUUACAAGGAAAAGGACAUCGGUGACCUGGAAGGAGAACUGCACAAGGCUGAUGUCACCAUGGAGCAAAAAAUGGACUGUAUCAAGGAAGAGGGUUGUCAGUAUGGGUCCUUUCACUUGACCUCACAAUGUCUCUGUGUAAAACAGGAGGAUUGUGAUUUGAGGACUGUGGGUAUUAAAGAAGAAUCUGAACCCACAUCCAUCAGCCUUGAAGCCAGUAGUACACUCAUGAUGAAUGCAGAUGAUGCCAGUUUAACAACCUGCGUGUCAGUGAAAGAAGAGAUGAUCAAUUUAGAGAUUACUCAAGGAAGGACGUGCUCUGCUUCAGAUUAUGGCAAAGUGAAGACUGAAUCACUGGAGCCUCAGAAUAAGACAGAGAUGCUUGAACAAUGGACACCUUCAGAGCAGCCUGGGAAAUCAGAUUUAAACCAGAAUGGCAGUGACUCCCUGUCCUCGUUUGCCCAGGCCUCCCUUCAUGCUGUUUCUGUUCAGUUCCACAUUAAGGAAGAUGAGAAGAAACCCAUUCCUCUGCUAGAUGAUAUCAAACUGGAUCCUGUGGAGCACAGCACACCACCUUUUGAGAAACUGACAAGUGCCAAUUCCAUCAAGCCUCAGAAAGCAGCAAACAGUAGCAGUCCAUCAUCAUCAUCAUCAUCAUCUUUCUUUUCUUGCCAAGAGUGUGGGAAAGGUUUUAAACGCAAAUCAGAUUGUAAGAGGCAUCAGAAAAUUCACAGCAGAGAGAAGCCCUAUUGCUGUUUGGAGUGCGGUGAAAGAUUUGCACACACAGGCAGUUUUCACAAGCAUGAAAGAAGCCACACUGGAGAGAAACAGCAUUUCUGCACUGAAUGUGGCAAGCAGUUUUCCCAAAAAAGGGACCUUCAGGUUCACAUGUUUACUCACACUGGAGAGAAGCCAUAUUCCUGUUCUGAAUGUGGGAAACAAUUUUCACGUGUAAGGAACCUUCAGACCCAUAAGAGAAUUCACACAGGAGAAAAACCUUACUGCUGUACUGAAUGUGGUAAGCAAUUUUCACUUGUAGGUAGUCUAAGGCGUCAUAAACGAUAUCACACUGGCGAGAAGCCACACUGCUGUUCUGAAUGUGGCAAGUGUUUUACUCAGCUGGGCCAUCUUCAGAUACACAGGAGAAUUCACACUGGAGAGAAGCCAUAUUGCUGCCCUCAGUGUGGCAAGCGAUUCUCACAAAAAAAACAUCUUCAGACCCAUACACGAAUUCACACUGGUGAGAAGCCAUAUUGUUGCACGGAGUGUGGCAAACAAUUUUCUCAAAUGGGCAACCUUCAAACGCACAUGAGAAUUCACACUGGAGAAAAGCCUUAUUCCUGUUCUGAAUGUGGGAAACGAUUCUCGCUCGUAGGAAGUCUGGCACAGCACAAGCGGUUUCAUGCUGGUGAGAAGCCACACUGCUGUACUGAAUGUGGAAAAUGUUUCAUGCAACUCGGCCAUCUUCAGAGGCAUAAGAUAACUCAUACUGGAGAGAAGCCGUUUGCCUGUAUUGAAUGUGGUAGGCGAUUCUCACGAAGAAGCAGUCUGCAGCUGCAUGCCAAGCAACACACUAAGGAGAAACAACAAAACUCCUAUGAAAAUAACAGGGUAGUGUUUCUGCUUAUUGGACCAUUCAGUGCAAAUCCAGCUGUAACUUGUGUGCCAGUACAUCCCACCAUAUAAGGAUCUUGAUAUCAAAAAUCCUGUAAACAUCUGUUAAAAAGGGAAAAAAGACACACUUCACAACCUUCAGAGACACCCUAAAAAUUUUUUUCACUGAAAACUUCUGGAGGCAACCUUAACAGCCGAAAGAAAAAGAACUAGUAAUGUUGUGUGGAUGGUUUGUCUUUAUAGACACAAGUCUUCAUGCAUAACGCUGUCUUUGUGGAGUCCCUCAGGGAAGCCUUCUUUAGGCCCUUUUUGCUUUUCUGUCCAUGUUCACAUUUGACCUGUUCUUCAAAAGUCCAGGGGGGGUUUAAUGAGAUUUGAUCAUUCAUGAUCAGCGUGACCCAGUACUCCGCUGAGCCAACAGCAUUUACAUGUGAUAUUCCCAGGUUAGAGUAAGGGUCCGUUGUGUAAACUGUCUGUGAUUACCAACAUGGCCAUUCUAGUCUACAGGAAGCCUGUCAUUGAGUGCCAGUUGGCAAAAUGGAGUUUGUUUCAUUACAACACCUUUCCAGACAACUAAUCCUUUUAUACAGUAUGUAAACUAAAUGUGCUUGAACCACUACAAUGACUUUGAGGAUCUAAAGAAAAGUGUGUGUGUAUGAAGUGAGAAAGGUCUUGUCUAAAGAUAAAGCAUCAUGAAAACAAAACACUAGACACCGAGGCUCCACUCUGUGAACCACAUUUGUUCCUGGACAACAGUUUGUAAGGCAGAUGUUUGUAUACUGAUUGGGUAAGAAGAAAUAUCAGUCUUUGCAAGUAUAAUCAUUAGAAAUUACAGUAGCAAACAGGAAAACGGCAAGUGACCAUGAGCUACUCUCCUUUAGUACCUGGUGUGACCACCGCAAUAGCCGCACAUGUCCGAUGUUAGCCUAUUAUCACAGGAAGGCCUGUCCAUGCUGGCCAUAGGAAGGUAGGCAGAGGGUCCUGUCUCCAGAUGUUGUGAUCCAGAGUAGCUAUCCCUAAGUUCAUUCCGGUGGAACCCAUGUGGCAGAAGGUUUUUGUUCAUUCAUUUUGCCUCAAAUUAUUGUGUUUUUUUUUUAACGAUAAUUAACUCCUUCAUCAACACCGGCCAUAUAUAUCUCUUAUUUGGCAUUCAGAAAAAUACUGCAGUGGGAUAUUUUUUACAUUUAUUAUACACUAGAAGAGGCUGCCCAAGUGGUGGGGCACCAAGUAAAUUUUGAAACGUAGCCUAGCCUAUGGUAUUCCCUUAUACAAAUGGAGAAUCUGAGCAUAAUUUGAUGAAGAUAAGACCAAGUACACGUUCAGCUUUAUCUGUUAAAUGUGGUUUUGCCACAGCUUUAAAUGGUUGCUUCAGCAUUGUUCUGCCUGGCUGAAGCAGGUAGGAAAGAACUGUAAACUAAAAUAGGGUCAGAAGUCAAAACUGGGGAAGCUCAAUAUUUAAUUACUGGCCCAUCCUUUGGAAGAGAUGUAAAACGGAGGUCCUGACUCUCUCUGGUUAUAAAAGAACCCUGGGUGGCUUUCAUAAAGAGUAGAGUGUACACCAAUGUGCUGGUUAAAUUGCCCAUUGUGGCCUGGUUAUUCAGAUCCCCUAAUUAUACCAAGUUUGUAAAUGGCUAACUAAUGAGUGGUGAGUGUACAUGUGCAAAAUGGCUGCCAUCACAUCAUCCAUGUGGAUGCUGCACAUUGAAGGUGGUAAAAGUAGCCCCCCUCCCUCUCUAUGUAACAUGCUU